CAUGGGAAUGCCCAAGCCCUACAAUACCAUCGCUCCCCACGAAAACCGUCUCUUUCAGCAUUUCAUUGCUGCUCUGCCUUGCAAGCCCAGCACGCAGCCAUGUCGCACAGGAAAUUCGAGCACCCCAGGCACGGGUCUCUGGGAUUCCUGCCCCGGAAGAGAGCGGCGAGGUCGCGUGGUAAGGUGAAGACCUUCCCGAAAGAUGUGGCCUCGAAGGAGCCGCACUUGACUUCGUUCCUUGGGUACAAGGCUGGUAUGACUCACAUCGUGCGCGAGGUGGAGAAGCCUGGGUCUAAGCUGCACAAGAAGGAGACAUGCGAGGCCGUGACCAUCGUGGAGACGCCUCCCAUGGUGGUGGUGGGUUUGGUGGCGUACAUCAAGACCCCGCGCGGUUUGAGGUCGCUGAACACGGUGUGGGCUCAGCACUUGAGCGACGAGGUGAAGAGGCGGUUCUACAAGAACUGGUACAAGUCGAAGAAGAAAGCGUUCUCGAAGUACAGCAAGAGGUACGAGAGCGAGGAGGGGAAGAAGGAUGUGGAGUCGGAGCUGGAGAGGAUGAAGAAGUACGCGAGCGUGAUCCGUGUGCUGGCGCACACGCAGGUGAGGAAGCUGAAGGGCAUCAAGCAGAAGAAGGCGCAUUUGGCAGAGAUUCAGGUGAACGGCGGGAGCAUCGCGGCGAAGGUGGACUUCGGGUACAAGCUGUUCGAGAAGGAGGUGCCGGUGGACUCGGUGUUCAGGAAGGACGAGAUGAUCGACAUCAUCGGUGUGACCCGGGGUCACGGGUACGAGGGCGUGGUGACGCGGUGGGGAGUGACUCGUCUGCCGAGGAAGACUCACAGGGGUCUUCGGAAGGUGGCGUGUAUCGGAGCAUGGCAUCCGGCGCGAGUGUCGUUCACGGUGGCUCGGGCGGGACAGAACGGGUACCAUCACAGGACGGAGAUGAACAAGAAGGUGUACAAGGUGGGGAAAGUGGCGGACAAGCAGUCGUUUUCGGCGUCGACAGAGUUCGACGUGACGGAGAAGGAGAUCACGCCGAUGGGCGGGUUCGCACAUUACGGUAUCGUGAGGGAGGAUUAUUUGAUGAUCAAGGGAGGAGUGAUGGGACCGAAGAAGAGGGUGAUAACACUUCGUCAGAGUCUGUACAAGCAGGUGUCUCGAAGUGCAUUGGAGGACAUCAAGCUGAAGUUCAUCGACACAUCGUCGAAGUUCGGACACGGGCGGUUCCAGACAUCGCUUGAGAAGGCGAAGGUGUACGGUAAGGUGAAGACAGCAGCAUAAGGGUUACGGUAAAAACUUUGAUUUUGAGGUAGAGCAAUUGUUAGAGGCUUUGAUUAUUGUGGGGGCAUACACUGGGUGUGUGUAAUUGGCCUCUGGCAUGUGAAUUUGUAAGCUUGCGUUGAAGCUGGUACACCUCUGCCACGCCUACCUACUUCGGCCUGGAUCACCGUUGAUGGUUUACUUCUCGUAAUGACAGUUUUUACUGAGGGUCUGAACCCACUUGGAGUUGUUUACUACGCACUAGUCAUAUAUAUGAAUGAGGGCUUGCUUUACUUCAAGUAAGCUAUGGGCCGCUAGCAUGUGCCUAUCAUGCAAUUGAUGCCUCUUCUGGCUCUUUGCAUGUGCACCGCUGCCAUGCCCUCCUUGAAUGACUGUUUUGCAGGUUUGAAACUUAUUCCAUACGUAUAAUUUGGUACUCUCAGCCUUGUUGUUUUUCUUCAGGCUGUCUUGUUCUAGUUUUA